GUUUACGGAACGUAUGCGAGGAAUGACAGUUAACGGUUCUCGCCAUAAAAAUUUUGAACAUUAACGAAAUAGCGAAUAGGUACGUGCAGCUUCGUCCGUCUAUUUGCGAAGGAUGCUCAAGCACCGUCGCGACGAGAAAUCAGACAAAAUCGCGUGAACCCAUGAUUGAGCGAUGCUUCGAAUGAUCGACGCCGCCGAAUCGAACACAUCGCGGUGAUCUAGUUCUGGGACAUGUGUCUCACAGACGAUACGCUCAGUGAAGUGAUCGAUAUUUGUCGAUAACGAUAACGGUCUUUACUCGUUUGCAGUGUGCUUCAAACCAAGAAUGGCUAGCCGAGACCCGUCAGUCUCCUCCAAAAUCGCAGAUGAUCAUAGCGUCGAGACAUUGGCAGAAGUUUUCCGAUGUUUCAUUUGUAUGGAAAAGUUGAGAGAUGCGCAUCUCUGUCCUCACUGCAGUAAAUUGUGUUGUUAUACCUGUAUUAGAAGGUGGCUCACUGAGCAGCGCUCUCAAUGUCCUCACUGUCGGGCUUCUCUUCACUUACACGAACUAGUAAAUUGUCGUUGGGUCGAGGAAGUAACCCAGCAACUUGAUACAUUGCAAGCUGUUUGUAUAUCUAAUUUUCGACAUGAUGAUUCCAGCAGAGACAGAUGCACAACACAUCAGGAAAAAUUAUCUGUGUAUUGUUGGACUUGCCGUAAAUGUAUUUGUCAUCAAUGUGCUCUUUGGGGAGGUACUCAUUCGGGGCAUACAUUUAAACCUUUAGAAGAUGUUUAUGAGCAACAUGUUUCUCAGAUAAAAGCAGAAGUAGGUCAAUUAAAUAGACGACUCAUGGAAUUAAUCAGUCUUGUUCAAGAAGUGGAGAGAAAUGUUGAAUCGGUGAGAGCUGCGAAAGAUGAAAGAGUAAGAGAGAUUAGAAACGCAAUAGAAUUAAUGAUAGCUCGUCUGGAUUCUCAAUUAAAAGCUAAACUGCUGACUCUGAUGGGUCAGAAGAAUUCGUUAACUUUGGAAACCGAACAGCUAGAGGCUCUAUUACAAGAGGUGGAAUAUCAGUUGCACACAUGUACACGCUCUGAAUUGAUCGUUAAAAGCGCCGAGCUAUCUCGCAAGAUACAUCAAGUUCGCAAAAAACCAAUGACGAGUUUUGUCACUGCACCAGUACCUGCCGACUUUCACAGUGAAAUUGUGCCAGGCUACGACAGCGCAACAUUUGCUAUGCAAAAUUUUACUCAGCUUCAACUGAAAGCUGAUCCUGUAUAUUCUACACCAUUGCAUGUGAAUGGGCUGUGCUGGCGACUGAAAGUAUAUCCAGAUGGCAAUGGAGUUGUACGUGGAAAUUAUUUGUCAGUAUUUUUAGAACUCAGUGCUGGAUUGCCGGAAACUUCAAAGUAUGAGUACAGAGUUGAAAUGAUUCAUCAAGGUUCUCGUGACACGAGUAAAAAUAUUGUUCGCGAAUUUGCGUCUGAUUUUGAGAUCGGCGAAUGUUGGGGAUAUAAUAGAUUCUUUCGAUUAGACUUACUCGCAACGGAAGGUUACUUAAAUACAGAAUUAGAUACUCUCAUAUUGAGAUUCCAAGUACGACCACCGACAUUUUAUCAACGCUGUAGAGAUCAACAAUGGUACAUUAGCCAAUUAUUAACUGUUCAAAAUCAAUAUAUCACUCAGAUUAAUGAAUUGAAAGAGAGAUUAGCGAUAGAAAUUUCUCGUAAUGCCAUGGCGGCUACCAGAGCUACUAGUGGAAGUAAUGGAACGAUAUGCGCAGCAACUGUAAAUACAUCGCCUAUAUGUAUGCAGCAACAGCAGCAGCAACAAGAUACAGGCGAGCCAAUGAUCAAUUCAAAUACACGAACAAUUGAUGUAUAUUCUACUACGAAUGGAACACCAGUGAGAUCAAUACUGAAUACACUUCCCAAUAAUAAUGGCAACUCGACGGUACCAAGCGAUCAAUUGAUGCCAAUGUGUGAGCUAAGCGAGCUGUCGAGUAUGCAUACUCUCAGCUCUACGACGACAUUGUCAUCGAAGACGUCAUUGAAGACGCACCGUGCCAAUUUGAAUGUUAUCGAGGCUGAGAAUACUUCAUCGCCACGUCGCGCCAACGAUACAUCACCCGAGGAAUGCCAAACCACGGGAAUUCACCUAGUUUCCUCGUCACCUUAUUCAUCACCCAACGUACUUGGUCAUCAACCGCUGAAUCUAUUGUCCAAUAAUAGCGCCAGUGAUCCCCUGCUGUCUACAUCGGUAUUAUCGUCGAUGACAAGCAAUGUGCAUCGAGUUAAUAGCUCAAGUGUCGCGGAAGGCGAAGCCGCGCAACGUUGCACCAAUGAUGCGUCGCCAGGAGAGUGUCAGGCUACCAACAACGGUGUCCAUUCUCCAUCGUCAUUUUACUUGUCUCCGUUAAAUCUCUCGUCUGAUAGCAGUAUCAGCAGUAGCGACGAAUUAAAUGAACAUGAUAUUUUUAUGGACGAAUGCGAACACAAUGAGCCCAACAUCACACUUUUGGAUUUAACGAAUGAUGAAAAUGACGUAGAUGAUGAGACCAUGUCAGGAGAGAACGACGUUGAAGUUGCGGAAUCUCUAGCAUCUUGGGUUCAAAAUAAGCAGCGUACAAAGCAACAAAAUAAUAGGGAUACUGUUACAGAUACAUGCAGGUUGAGGGAAAUAAUGCUGCUGCAUCUUUUCGAGAUGCAAGACAGAAAUUCAACAUGGAACUCUUUAUGUCUCGGUCAACAAGCAGAUAGGAGCUGUGAUUCUAGGACCUCGCUCGCAAGUCUACGACGUCACAGUUCCAGCCCGUCGCACUGCAAUGCUCCAGCGCAAUCUACUACGCCCGCGGUGUACUCGCACAAGCACCCUGAACUUGAUACUGCCGCUUGCAAUGAUUUAAAUUUAAAUAUUGAUAACAAGCAUCCUAAUUGUGCUUUUCAUCAUUCCCAACCGCAAGCACUUUGCGGCGCUAAGACUAAAUUGAAUCGACUGCCGAAUAUCUGUCAAUCGGAGCUAGCUGCAACAAUAGCUUCCAGCAGUCAAAUACCGAUAACUAGAUCCGAACCAGCGACGCGUUCCAAUUCAAUAGACUGUGAAAACGAUAUCCCAAAGCUGCCAGUAGUUAAUAAAAUCAAUCAGGAUAUAGAGUCUCCUAGAUUGCGUUUAGAUCUCAUAGUGCCAAAUGUACUUUUAAACAGUAAUAAAAUUAUGUCAAAACAUUUAUUAUCUCGGCGUCAAUCAUCUCCGAGUUCAUCCACUAGCAUGAAUUUAAUAAAUGACAGUAGUAAGAUGUUCAAGUUUGACCAAUUAUUCGAAGCCAUUCAAUUGUCACCAAACUCACAAAAAGAUGCAAUUGCUAGCGUCACAAACAAAUCAAAAUCAAGGAAAAAUGUUUUGCCUGAUGCAAGGAAUAACACUUGCACUGCUAGUGGAAGUUCCGUUACACUCUCAUUGGCGCAAGAGAGUACACCAUCAUCAUCAAUAUCAUCAUCUACAAACACUGCAGUGGACACAAUUCCUAGUCCUAACAGUUACAGCUGGUCACCAGCAUUGUAUCAGCAUGGACAAAAAACUGUUUUAGAUACAGUUUUAGCUGUACAAGGUUCUUCGAAUAAUACUCUUAGUAAGACUAUUGAUAAGUCCACAGAGGAAACCGCCAGUUUGCCGUAAUAAUUUAUAAUUAAAAUAACUAUGCAUAGCAGAUGUUCUGUGAUUUCCAUUUUAUCAAAUAUUAAUUAUAAUUGCGAAGUUAAAAGAGAG